GCCAGGAAUACCUACGGCUGGAGGUUGUUCAGGACCUUCUUUCUUACGUCAGUUUUCGACAAGGAUGGGACAAAUUGGGUCAAAGAAGACAAGAAGGUCGGCCUUGACUUGCGGCUCUUUCAAGGCUACGGCGUCAAGGCUUUCUCCAUGAAAGCGUUUGACGUGCGCGGGGAUGGCACUGAGCUUCGCAUGCUCACUGCGGAACAAUUCCUCAGUAGAACGAACGGCUACCGCGUCACUGGCUGCCUUCCUGUCGUCGACAGUUUCUUGGAGCUCACCAAACCCUUGGUGAAAUUCAGCAGCCCGGCGGACCAAGUAACUGUUGUUAAGGAGUACAGGGAAGCCUUCUUGAGGCUGCCUCUGGACCAGCAAGCCGACUGCGCUUUCGUGCCCUUUGUCAUGAGCUCGAGGAAAUCGCGACAGACGCCAUCCGCACCGGUUGGGAAGAGGAAACAGUUGGCUGCUUGUCCAGCUCCGCCUUUGCCAGCCGCGUCGCCCUCACCCUUGCCCGCGGUGAGGGGAGGUCACGAUCUCGCUCAAUGUUCCAGCAAGGCUACGGAGUACGAUGACAGACUUUUGUACGGACGCAAUGUUGCGCGCGACAGUGUCCAGGAAGGUGCAACUGCCCUGAUUGAGCGAAACGAGGAGGAAGAAGAUGGGGGAAGUUGCGGUCCACGUGAAGACGGCGGUGAUGACGAGUACAUGGACGUUGGGGAUGAGAACAUGCAGGACCAGAACAUGCUUGGCAAUGACGACGUCGGUGUCACGUCGGAGCAUGGCCAUGGCGACAUCCCCGCCGGUUCUGUGGGACCGGCUGUUGGUCGGCCCUUGUCAUCCCCUGUGAUACGGCAUUCGCAAGGCGGGAGUCAGGGUGGGCAUGACUCGCAGGAGCACGGAGGAUCAAAGUCGAGGAAAAGGACAAGAGAAACUUCUCCUUCUGCUUCCGCUCACAAGAGACAAUCGAGGACUGACGCUGGUAGUGAGGCUCGUGGAGCUCUGAUAGCAUCCCAGGAGGCGGGACCUCCUCGGAAGAGCAGCCAGGGGGGAAGAUCUGGCGGUCGUGGCGGCGGCCGUGGUGGAGCAAGAAAAGGUAAGCAGAUAGUGAGGGCAGAAGAACUGCGGGACUCGGGGGAUGAGGGCGAGGAAGUGGGCCCUCGCAUGCCCGACGAUGGUGAUGAACCGCUUCAGCACGCUGCAGCCAUCGACACGACGCGUUGUUUCUUCCUCGAGUACGACGAGCGGGGUUUUGCUAAGCAAAAAGUCCUUCCUGUUCUUGUGGACGUCAUGAAAAUCAAAUGCAUUCCCCGCGGGAAUAUUCUUUUCAACCACCGCUCUUUGUUUGCGAACAUUGUGCGAGGCAUCGAGAAUGCCAUCGAGAGUUCCAUCACCACGGAAUCGGGGGCGUGGGAUAGGCCUGAGCUCGUGCUUGCACCGGUUGACCGCAACGAAAUCGUCGGUGGGCAGGGAAGGCGGAUAACACCAACCGAAUUCUUCGAAAGAGACUCCUCGGAGUUCGAUUGGUAUGCUGUCUGUGGUCAGCAUACGGUCGAGGCCAUGAAGACAUUGGUGCGGGUCGUCUAUUUUGGAGAUGACCGAACGCGAGGGUAUUUCAAUGUCUCCGCCUUCGACAACACGCGCGAAAAUCGGGCCAUGAUGUUGUCGUUCGAGAAUGUUGUCCGUGAUAUGAGGCAAUGGUGGAUCGAUAACCACCGAAUCGAGGCCCCGAAAGGCAAGGUCAGCGAUAAGGAUGCGGUCGCCGUUGCGCACCAAAAGAAGUGGCAGAAUUUCUUAAGGGCCUCCAUGGGGAAGGCAUGCGACAAGGCGUUCGUGAAGCAAGCACUGGAGAACGAGUACAGUAAGGAUUGGAGCAAUAAACUCCGUGGCUACAUGAACCUCGCCACAUCCACCGAGGCUGUGUGGCAACUGGUCGAGAGGGCCGUCAUCCUUGACAUCUCCCCCGCCAACUUCUGCACGACAUGGACCUCUCAAGAGUUCGACGCUCUGCACUCUAUGAUGACUAAGUGCUGUGGCGUUAAUUGGGUUCUUUUUGUCUUCGCACCGCAGAAGGUGCAAAGUGAUAUUCUGCGUUGCUUAUUCCGGUGGGAGGACAUCGAACUCAUCCUCGGGACCUGGAAACGGGUGGACAGGCCAUUGAAUGACAUCACGAGGUACGGCAAUAUCGCUACGGCGAGUCGAGACAUGAUGGCCAUUGUCCUGCACGCGGAGGGAGGGGAUAUCAGAAAGGUCACGGUCGCACACCACCUUAUCAAUGACCUCACAAACGUGCAUGUUGUGGAGGAGAAGUUCGGAAAAUGUCUUGGGAAACACGAGGGCAUAGAGGGCGAUGAAAGUGUGGUGUAUUCCAUCUGGGAGCGAGAGUCUGGCAAGUUGCGUUCGUUGAAAGCAAAGGCAACAAAGACCCUCAAACAUUAUCACGGUGCUCUCACUGGCGCCUCUGAGACUUUUGUUGCUCGAUGCGAGAUCCUCAAGUUUGAUCUUCGCAAAGACCAAUUGACGUCCAAGGACUACGCGGAGCUCGCGAAAUCGGGCGAUGGCUUUAACCCCGUCGACAGCGAGGAAGAUUCUUCGGACUCCGACCUCGGACUGGGCGAGGAAACAUGUGUUGAGGUUCCGCGCAGUGGAAUGGUGCAAGCUCACGAUGACGGAACUGUCCAUUCGCACGAAGGGUCCAUCCCAGUGGCCGCCCCAAGCGUCGCCUCAAUGGUGGCCCCGUCGGAGACUGCUGCAUUGCAAGACAUUGGAAGAUGCGGUGGCAAUAAAGAAGGCGACAUUGAGAUACCAGGUGAGGCGUCGACGCUCGCACUAGGCGAUGCAAUUCCUCCAGGCUACUGUGCUGGCCCAAACACGAUUUAUUUCUUGGAGGGCAAACACACCCACACAGGCGAGGAUCAGUGGGGUCAUGACAUCAUAUGGCAUGAGGGCGUUUUACAGCCGUACAUCCAAGAUGGGGAGUGGAAGAUGGCGGUGAAAUACACAAGCAGUUGGAAGACUUUUCGUCGGAUGUCAAAGGACAUCUGGUUAAAAACGACGGAGCUCGCGAUCCUGCAUCGCGUGCGCGUCGAGAAUCCAGGGCAGAGCGAGGCCGCCAUCAAAGCCAACGCCGAAGAAGUGUUUCAUGUCUUGCGCGACAAUCGGCAACUGGAGUACAACAACAAAUUUUAUGCCCUGUGCUCGAGUCCCUCACGCGGGUCUAUAAACUGGAAGGUUGAUCAAACCGCCAGAACCUUGAAGGGGAGCUGCUCUCAUGAUUUCAUGCCUUCGGCUGAGUCGGCCUCCGUGCCCGCGCAAGCAGGGCACAGGGGAGAUGACGGGACUACUGUUGUCGGGCCUCAAGAGGUUGACAUGACGUCAAUGCCGCAAAUAUCGAAAAAAUCCAUCUCGGUCGCCGCGGCACAAUCGUCCCCACCCAUCGAUGUGUCAACGACGUUGCCGCCGGAUGCAGGUGCCACGUACGGGAGUUUAUUGAUAACAAAUGCUGCAAUGGAAGGCAGAUCCGAGAUCGAGUUAGAGUCUGAUGUUGGGCCGAGCAUGGCGGAGAGUCGGUUGCAACCGUCUUUAUGCACUGUCAAAGGUGAUGCACAAUCACCGCUGACACUACAGGGAGGGGCCGAUGGAGAUGGAUAUAAGGGAGAGGAUGCGGAGGGAAUGCACCGUUCUCGCAACCUCGACACCUUAACCGCUGAUAUUGAUUAAAAGGGUGAGGAUGGUUGAGGCAGGAGGGGUGCAAUUGGAGGGGGAAAAUCCAAUUAUAUGAUUACAACUUCACCUCUGCCUUGUUGAAUGAAAUUGUGUAAUUGAC